AUGUUACUCCUUUGGCGUCUUGCGGCCAUAGCCCUCUGGGUUACGGCUUCUUCCGCCUCCUUCUACUACAAAUAUUGCGAAGCAUUCCCUGACAAUACCAUCGAAUACUGCUUCGAGGAUGUAUCAGACGACAGCCAAGCCUAUUUCAAUGCAGCUGUCAACAUAUGGACUUCCAGUGGCAUCCCGGUUACAUACAAGAACAUUGGAGCCUGUCCAAACAGUGAUUCUUCCAGCGACCUCUCUAAAAUGCUUAUCGUUUCCACAUGGUAUGAAACUUAUCACAGUUCUUCAUACGGCUAUAGAUACGCUCAGACUGGCGAUUUCCAGUAUCUGAAGAUUGGCCUUUGGUAUAAUACACACACGACCGCUAUUGGAAAGAAAAAGGCAAUUAUCGGAUCGCUUGUUCACGAGCUCGGACGUGUUAUGUGCUUGCUUAAUGAGAAUCAGCGACCUGAUUUAGCAGAUGAGCUCACCUGGAACUGCAAAAAUCUGGCGGAUUAUUCUCUGGCUAAAUCGUCUGCUGCAAAACAAAAAGUUUUGGACGGUUGUGAUGGAAUCGCAGCUGCAGCUUCUGCGAGAUCUUACGGUGCAUGGACUUAUGCCCCAUACCCUUCUGGAAACGAGCAAUACGAGCUUUCUGAUAGCGUCGACUAUAACUCUGUCAUGUUCGUCAACGGCAUCCCACAAUCUAAGAGUAAGCUCGCAGGUUCGACAAGAGUUAUUACAACGAAAGCUGGAAAGAAGAUCACUGGUAGUGUUUGGUACGAUGGGCCUAGUGCUAAGGAUAUCGCCGCCAUUGAGGCAAUAUGCGAGGAAAGGCCACCAGAACUUCCAGCACGACCGGAAACCAAUGUGGAAGAUAGCGAUCCAGUGCCGCCGUAUGUCGAAUUUGAAGAGCAACCACCGGACUAUGAGUGCUGGUGA